AUGUUGGAUAAAGCCAAGACACUCCAGCCUGCCUAUGUCGGGAUUGUGCCGCUUGCAGAGACUGUGUCAAAGCAAGGGAAGAGCUGUUCAAGCACAUACCAGGAUUCAUACUACAGCUUACGAGAAGUGCUGCAGUUGAAGCUCCAGCAGCGACGCACACGGGAGGAGCUGGUGAGCCAAGGGAUCAUGCCGCCUCUGAAAAGUCCAGCUGCAUUUCAUGAGCAAAGAAGGAGUUUGGAGCGGGCCAGGACAGAGGACUAUCUGAAACGGAAAAUCCGGUCCCGGCCAGAGAGAUCAGAGCUGGUUAGGAUGCACAUUCUGGAAGAGACCUCAGCUGAACCCUCCUUGCAGGCUAAGCAGCUGAAGCUAAAGAGAGCCAGGCUGGCAGAUGACCUCAAUGAGAAGAUAGCGCAGAGGCCAGGUCCUAUGGAGCUGGUGGAGAAGAACAUCUUGCCUGUGGAAUCGAGCCUGAAGGAAGCCAUUAUAGUUGGACAGGUGAACUACCCAAAGGUUGCAGACAAUUCCUCCUUUGAUGAGGACAGCAGUGAUGCCCUCUCCCCAGAACAGCCAGCCAGCCAUGAGUCUCAGGGGUCUGUCCCAUCGCCGAUGGACUCCCGGAUUUGUGAGCCUCUCCCUAGCGCCACUGGCACAUCACUAGCUCAGGGUACAUCCCAAUUGCAGAUAAGUGCAGACCCCAGUGAAACACUUUUCCUACCUGAACAGCCACCCCCGCCUCUGCCACCUCCGCCUCUUCUGCCUCCUAGUCUUACCAAUGGAGCAGCUCUUACUGCUGCCAAGCCCCCACCAACACUCAUUAAGCAAAGCCAGCCCAAGUCUGCUAGUGAGAAGUCUCAGCGCAGUAAAAAAGCCAAGGAGUUGAAGCCGAAAGUCAAGAAGCUUAAAUAUCAUCAGUACAUUCCCCCGGACCAAAAGCAGGACAAGGGAGCUCCUCCCAUGGAUUCAUCCUAUGCCAAAAUACUGCAGCAGCAGCAGCUCUUUCUCCAGCUUCAGAUACUCAGCCAGCAGCAGCAGCAGCACUACAACUAUCAGACCAUCCUGCCAGCUCCACCAAAGCCUCCAGGAGAGCAGCAGAGUGGUGCCAGUGCCCCUGCUGUACGCAAUCUCUCUGCCACGGUCAGCAGCACAUCUUCAGUAUCCUCAAGUUCCAGUGGGCUGAUGCGACAAAACAGUAAUGCUGCAGUGGGGAAGCCUGGCCCUCUCCCUGCUAAUUUGGAUGAGAUGAAGGUAGCAGAGCUGAAGCAAGAGCUGAAGUUGAGGGCCUUGCCUGUCUCGGGCACAAAGACGGGUCUGAUUGAGCGUCUUAGAGCUUAUCAAGAGCAGAACGGUGCAGCCAGCCAAACAACCCCCACUCCCAAGCCCAACACAGCAGCUGUCAUCCCAAAAGCUGCCGAAGUGGUGGUAGCCUUCCCAGCUGCCAGGCUGAGCACAGGGCCAGCCCUGGUCACCACUGGCAUUGCACCAGCAGAAGUAGUUGUGGCCACAGUCACUGGUGGUGGCGUGAUGAAGUUUGGCAGCACAGGCUCGACUCCUCCUGUUUCUCCAACUCCUUCUGAGCGCUCACAAAUGAGCACAGGGGAUGAGAAUUCGGCCACCGGAGACACCUUUGGAGAGAUGGUGACUUCACCCCUGACCCAGCUCACCUUGCAGGCGUCUCCAGUGCAGUUCCUGGUGAAGGAAGAAAGCUCCAAGUCUGCCUCCUGCAGCGUAAAUGCGGCACCCAGGUCAGAGCGGUGCAGCACUGGUAACAGCAGAGAUGCAGAAGUUAAGGACAAAGACCAGAUGCUGCAGGAGAAGGACAAGCAGAUCGAGGAACUCACUCGCAUGCUGAAGCAGAAGCAGCAGCAGGUUGAGAUGCUUAGACUACAGCUAGAGCAGGAGAAGCGCUCUCAGCAGUCACUACCGGCCCCAGCGGCUGCGGGAGAAGGAACAACCCUUGCCUCCAACCCAGUAGCGUUUGGCACCCAGGUCAAGAGUGAAAACGGUUUCCUGAGUUGCCAGUUUGCAAAUCAAUCCAGUGGCCAAACAGACCAAUUCAGCCCUGCACCAACAGCUAGCCAAAUGGACACUUUGAAUCCAAGCCCAGUGCCAAAGAAAGCCGUGACGGUGAAGCAGGAGGUGCCAGCUGCGGAAGCAGAGCCGCCGUGCCAGUCCCACAGCCCGCGGCUUUUCCUUGGCCAGCAAGGGAGCGCCCUGAGCGACCUCAUCAAGGGCACCCCUCCCCCCACCCUUAUCACCGACUCCACAGGGACCCACAUCGUCCUCACCGUGACCAAGCAGAGCGCCGAGAGGCAGGGCCUCUCGCCCCACGGGAAGGCAGGGAGUAGCUGCCCGGCCUUGCAGAGAGUACAAUCAUCACCCGCUAAAACUUCGAGCCAACCGCCGUGUCAGCUACCUGCAAGCACCCCUCAGCAGCCCACACAGCAGCAGAAGCAGCAGCAGCAGCAGUCCCUGCAGCAGCAGCCGCCGCCCAGAGGACUAAACCAAUCUGUCAGAAAGCCCUCAUCGCAGCCCGGCUCUCCUGCUGCCCCUUCCCCAGCCCAGAUGGACCUGGAGCAGCAACAGCACACGUCGCUUUUUGGAACUCCUCCACCUCCUCUCCCUGUUCCCUCGGUCCCAAUCAAAGAGCCACCAGGCUAUGAAGAGGCCAUGAAGCAACAGCCAAAGUCCCAGGAGAACAGCUGUUCCAGCCAGCAGAUGGACGACCUGUUUGAUAUUCUCAUCGAAAGUGGAGAAAUUUCUGCUGACUUCAAGGAUCAGUCAUCCCCAGCUGGGAAAGAACCACCCGUGGCCCCAGCCUGCUCCCCACCGCCCAGCAGCCACCAAUCCUCAGAGCUGGUGGUGCCAGUGCUUGUCGGCCGGCUGGAGGACUUCCUGGAGAGCAGCACUGGCCUCCCGCUGCUGACGGCAGGCCAUGAUGGGCCGGAGCCCCUGUCCCUGAUUGAUGACCUCCACAGUGAGAUGCUGAGCAGCUCGGCCAUCCUGGACCACCCACCUUCACCUAUGGACACCUCGGAAUUGCACUUUGCUCACGAGCCGUCUGGGGGCAUAGCCCUGGAUCUGGCUGAGGCUAACUUGGACAGCAUGGACUGGUUGGAGCUGCCGGGGGGGCCCGUCAUGAGCCUGGCUCCCCUUAGCACUGCGGCUCCCAGCCUCUUUUCCACAGACUUCCUUGAUGGACACGAUCUGCAGCUGCACUGGGAUUCUUGCUUGUAACUCUGUGAGCAGAGACUGAAGGGAAUGGGAGUGGGAGGGCACGGGCAUGCAGGGGGAAAAGGCCAGUCAACC